AUGGCAGAAGAACAAAGAAAGCUCGUAGAGCAAUUGAUGGGUAAAGAUGCCUUGAUAUCGCCAGCGGUAAAGAGAAGAGAUCCAGAAAUGACAAGUCAUAGGGUGUGCAAAAGUUUUUUAGUUGGAGUUUGCCCACACGAUUUAUUCAUUGGAACGAAGCAAGACCUAGGAAAAUGCCCAAAAUUACAUCUUGAGAAACACAAGUUAGAAUAUGAGUACAGGACUAGAAAGAAAGGUGAGGCAUUUCCCGAAUUUGAAUAUGAAUACUAUAAGCAUCUACAAACUUAUAUAAAUGAAAUUGAUCGAAACAUAGAAAUAGCCUUGAAGCGUUUGGAGCAUACCCCAGAAGAAAAAGAGAAAAUCGCUAAGGUGACGAAGGAGUUAGAUAAUUUGGAUACAAAAAUAGGCUUAAUGACACAAGAAAUCGACUGUUUAAUUAAAGAAAAUGAAACUUUGAAAUGUUUAUUUGAAAGUGUAAAAUUGAAUGACUUAUGCAAAGAAAGAGACCAGCUUGCAGAAUCCGCCAGGAAUAUUGCGGAAAACGUUGGUCAGUCAUCUCAGCAAAAAUUACAGGUUUGUGAAGAAUGUGGAGCGUAUUUAUCAAGAUUAGAUAGUGAUAGACGGUUAGCUGAUCACUUAAUAGGUAAAAUACAUUUAGGUUAUGUUCAGAUGAGAGCAGCGUAUUAUGAAUUACAUAACAAAUUCAAAAGAAGUACUACAUAUUAA